UAAGGAGCUCCACCCAGGGUCAGGCCAGGGUGGAGCUGUCAGACUAUUCACACCUCACAGCUCCAGGCUGGCGGGCUGGAACAGCCAGCAGCAGCAGCAGCAGGCAGCUCUUUAUUCAGAGGACUGGGGGCAGCCAGUAGAUUUCUGGCUGUUGCUGGGUAGCCACCAGCCGUGCCCUUUUCUGGAGAGUGGGGGAGGCCAAGGGGCCCCAAGUCACUGGGCUUGGUCUGGGCAGCUCCCAACGCAACUAUCUGCUCGCAAUAAGCUGCUGCCAUCAGCCACAUCUUUCUUCUUUUCAACCCUCCUUCUUCAUUCGUCCUUUCAUGGAGAGGCGUGUCGGGGAGGCACUUUGCUGAGCGGCUUGUGCAACCCGGGACUCUUGCCAGCUCUGGGUUGAGUUUCCAGGCGGCUGGGCCAGAGGAGGUGAGAGGUACCGGGGGAUCCUGCUGACCGCCACCAGGCAGAGCAACGGGGUGUAUUGUCCUGUGGUGGAGGGGACCCCCUCCGGACCCGUUGGUCACUGGACCAGAAGCAUCAUCUGGCCCUCGUGUGCGGUGAGGGGGCAGUUGUGUAGAACCGGGUUCAGGAGUAUGAUCCUCCCCGUGGAAGACAUAAGCACAGUGCACUUGAGGAGGAGCCCCCAGCACGCUGCGUGGGUGGCCGCAGGCUCAAUUCAGAGUAAGGUGCUGCCCAAGAUGAGCUCCUCAUCGCUGCUGGAGGAGAACUCCUUGGAGCCACCAGUGCUGCUGACAGACAUCAAGACUGAGCCCCCUGAAGAGCUGCUGGCCAGUGACUGCAACCAGCCCCAGGCUGAGCCUGUGGACCUGUCGCUCAACAAGUCCAAGGGGUCGCUGCAAUCCUCUUCCCAGGUGUCUUCCUCUAUCAGGUCCUCACCCAUGCUGGUGACACCACCCAUCCAGACGCCAGUGGUCUCUAUGUCGUCCACGGGCCUGUCGUCCACAGGCCUGUCGUCCACGGGCCUGUCAUCCACGGGCCUGUCGUCCACGUCGGCCAUCCCUGCCGUGCUGUCCCCAGGCUCCAUCCUGGCGUCCACGCAGGGUAGCGGCGGGCAGCAGAUCCUCCACGUCAUCCACACCAUUCCCUCUGUCAACCUGCCCAGCAAGAUGGGCAACCUGCAGACCAUCCCUGUGGUGGUGCAGUCCCUGCCUGUGGUCUAUACCACCAUGCCCACAGAUGGGGUUACUGCUGCCAUCACUGUGCCACUUAUUGGGGGUGAUGGCAAGAACGCUGGGUCUGUGAAAAUUGACCCCAGUUCUAUGUACCCCAUGGAAAUGAACAGUGACAGUGAAGACAGCGGCGCAGAGGAGAGUAGCUCAGCUCCCUUCCAGGACCUACAGCGAGAGUCAGCAGUGGCCCGGAUGCAGCGAGCAGAAUCCCCAGACCUGAAGAAGAGACGAAUUCACCAGUGCGACUUCGAGGGCUGCAAUAAGGUCUACACGAAAAGCUCCCACCUCAAAGCACACAGGAGGAUACACACAGGAGAGAAGCCUUACAAAUGUACCUGGGAAGGCUGCACCUGGAAGUUCGCCCGCUCCGACGAGCUCACCCGGCACUUCCGCAAACACACGGGUAUCAAGCCCUUCCGCUGCUCGGACUGUGACCGCAGCUUCUCGCGCUCAGACCACCUGGCCCUGCACCGCCGGCGGCACAUCAUGAUGUGAGCAGGCACCCACCCUCCACUCGCUCCAGCCCCACCAGCCACAGUGGAAAGACUGCACCAUGGGAGGCGUUGUCUCCAGGCAGAUUCGGCUUGGUGGUGGGCUGGAUGCCAAUGUGGCACCUGUGGCUGCCCAUGUCUCAGAGACCAGGACUCCUCCUUCCACAUGCACCAGGGACUCAGCAAGACUCUGGAGAGACUGCCUUUCUCUCUCCCUCCUCUCCCCCACCCUGGGCCUGUCGCUCCCCCAGUUCUUUGUAUGUUUUGCACACUGCCUCCUCCCUGCCUCUGGGGUCAGGAGCUGCAGUUGUGGGCAGGUGUCUGUGCACACUCAGUCUUGUGUUUGUCCUGUGCCUCCUGAGACCAGCGGGGCCUCAGCCAUUCAUAUGAGCUGCCUGGCUGGAUUAACUGCUUAGCCCAAGGCUGAUGCAGGGCAGUGGGUGUGUGUGUGUGUGUGUUUGCGUGCACGCAUUGGGGGGAAGAGAGGGGCCUCUGCCUCAUGGUAGAAGCAGGGUGUCUUCAAUCAGUGGGCUGAUGGACUCCAUCUUGGCACUGCUGCCCUUCCUGCUCCCUGGUACAGUAGCUUGUGGACUCUGAGCCACUGGUGUGCGGCCGGCAUGAGAGCAUCUGCUUAGCACUGGGCAUCAGCAAAGAGGCACGCUUCAACAGGAAAAGGACCCAGCAGGCAAUGACAGAGCUGAAGUGGAUUGCGGGGCCUCUGGAAGAGGGGAGGAGGAGGGGAGGAAAGGGCCUGUGGAACAAAUCAAAGGGAAAACUUUGCGGAACAUGGAACUGUGACUAUUUGAGGGGUGGGGGGUGGGGGGCUUUUGCAUUCUGCCUGGAUCACGGGGCAAGGAAUAGGACAGUAGAAGCAUUUUAACUUAAACAGCAGCUUGGACAUGUGCUGCAGUCGACCCUUCUCUUGCUCAUCUGGCCUAUGGAGGGCUGAGCUGGCUCCCCUUCCCCAGUGGACUUUCUGGGUCUGUAUCGGGUCUUUUUGGACAUGAUCUCUGGGCAGGGGUAGGGCAGGGCCUGGAGAUGCCCACAUCUGCAUGGUUGACUGGUUUAUUUUGUAGACCUGCUUUCCCCCUUUCACGCUGUGGGGAGCUGAGGCUAUCUGGCUUCCCACAGCUGUUUUUACCCCUGCCUCUCUUCCUUUAGCUGAACUGAGCUCAGUAGCUGCAGGAUGUGACAAAUACAGGCUGCCUUAUCCUGGCCCAGGGCUAUUCAGCUUUUGAGCAUCCAGGGGCUGCAUACCCCCAGGGCUGCACACCACGCAGUGUAGCUGUGCCCCAUCCCUCAUGCUGUGCUAUGCUACAUGGACACUCCAUCAUCCCAUAGCCCUGCGGACUCCCUAGGACCGCACUGUCCCAGGGAGGACCUGAAGGAGGGAGGAGUAUCUUAAAGAUGCCUUUCUUCUCUUCCCUGCCCACCCCAGGCCCAGGAGCCUGGGCUAGGGGUCAGGGAAUGUGUGUGUGUGUGUGUGGGGGGGGAUGACACUAAGUUAUCACCUUACAGGCUACAUGCUAGUUGGGCAGCCCUGCCAUAGUCCAUAGGCAGCAGAUGGGGAGAGGGGAAGGGGCAGAGCCUGGGAGGGGAAGAGACUUGAGGAUCUGGAUUGGGUAAUGGUGGGGGCUGGGUUCCAUCCAUAGCAGAACGGCAUUAGCAGACAUGGGUCUGAUAGUGCGUGUGCUCUAAGAUGGGCCUGUGGUCCCUGGGAUGUUUGGUGACUGCCCAUUCCCCAGUGCCAAGGCAGCCAGGACUGGGCUGAGUUGUGUGGGAGGGCUCUCUCCUCUGAACAGCAGACAUGGUCUUUAUCUCAUAGUCUGGUGACAUGCAACCCUGGUCUUUGAACCCUUUGCAUCCUGGAUCCUUGUCAAGCCCCCAAUGACCAUGAGGGGGAUCAUCCGCUCUUGUGACUGGCUAGUAGAAUUUCACUGGACCCUUCCUCUUGCUUCAAAACACUUCUCAUUCAAGGAGAGCCCAGAGCCUCCUGCCCAAGGCCUUGGCUUCAUACAGCCUGGGCCUGGGCUGCGGCAGAAGAGACAGCUGCAUUUGGCUGCCAGCAGGCAAGGUGACGUAAGGCCUCGGACAUUGCCCCUUCACCCAGGGACCUAAGCAAGACACAGACCACAAGGGUCUGCUAACUCCAAAGCCAGAGGUUGCUUGCCAGGCUUACUACUUUAGGGUGAGUUUCGAAGGAGGCUGGUGUCCUCCUUACCCAGUUAUAACCGUCAGGUAAUUGACAGCUUCAUGGAAAAGUUAAACCACUCAGCAGUGCUAGCUGGUCCCCCUGCUGAACCAUGGCCACAGGCUAACCUGGAUUCCUUCCCCUCUCCCACCUGCCCUCACACCCCUUUUAAUCUGAAGGCAACUCCAUCAGAUUAGAGUUGCCAACCAUAUUUGGUGUUUUCUUUUUCCUUUAAAGCCCCAGCUCCCAGAGUCGUAAUUAUGGGACAAUCUCAGCUUUCAUCACAAAACACUGUGUCCAGCCCUUGACAUGGACAACACAAGCCUCCCUGAAGCCUCCCAAGUCCACAGAACAAAUAAGGAGCACCUCAACAUUUGUCAUCUUAAUAAAAUCAUGAGCUUCUUACAAGUAAUCUCAUGAUUUUUUUUGGUGAGAGAGAGGAGAGCUGAGAUUUUUGGAGUGUUUGGAAUCUACAAUUCUGCAAUUAGGUCAGGGAAAGCCCACAAGACCAAUGAGUUUUGAUUUUCUUUUAAUGUUGAAACCUGCUGUUUCUGGAGCAUCAGUGUAAAAACACACGUGCCUCUGACAAAACACAAGGAAGAAAGCAAAGAGGGCCCAGACAUCACGUGGAACUGUGAACCCCCUUGGACAGAUCAGGCGGGCACAGGGUGUUGUGGGUUGUUUUUUGCUUUGGUUUUUUUUUUGUUUUUUUUUGGGGGGGGGUUGUUUUUUAAACAAUGAACUUUUAAAAUCUUGAGCUGUGAUAUUUGUACAAACCUAUUUGACAUUUUUCUACAUGGGAAUAAUAUUGAAAGUAGACAAAUUUUCUGUGUGUAUCUUACUUUACAAAAGAGGUUUAUUUUUCUGUGUUGGGGAAGGCAAAAGGCUGCUGUCACAAUGUAGUGAGGACAAAGCUGUCUGGGUUCCCACCAUAAUGAUCACUCUAAAAGGGAGAUGCUGAUCAUGCUUUAUUCCCCAAAAUGUCAGGUUCUACUCUUUUGAAAUUAAGUUUUUACUACAGAGCAAUAGAGCUAUUUCUAAGGGCAGUUGCAAAUGGAAUUCUAGUACAAAUAUUUUAAAUUAACAGGUUUAAAUUCCUUCUAAAUUUUGGGGUUUAUUUUUUGAUUUUGAUUUUUUUCCAAACCAGUAAAAUCUCCUUGGGAACAGUUGCAAUUCAAGCAGUGCAGCUCUGGGAACCCACAAAUGUAACAUGCAACAAAUGGAAGCAAGACUGACCUGGAUUGUCAGUGUUGAGAUGGAAGGAAAUGUGGGCGCCAGACAGUCUCUGAUGAUAUGGAAAAGAAUGGGGUGGGUCACAUGGCCUCAGAUUCCUUGAUCAGAAAUUGAAUUAGUAGCUCAUAGUGUAUUUAUUAACAGAGCUGGGGGGAGCAUUUUGUGUGUGUGUGGGGCAGGGGAGGGGGUUUAAAAUUAUUUCUUUUGGCAGGGUUUUAAAUUAUCUCAUUUUCCACUGUACCUCUCCCUCUUUCCUCAGUUUCAUUUUCUAAAGGUUGCUUUUUUUUCUCUUUAAAUUUUAGGUUGACUUGGGGGUGGGGAAAAAAGAGGCAAAAGAAAGGUGAAAGAACACAGAGAAUGGUAUAUCUGGAUUACAAACAAUAUCAAGAACAAUCCAUUUUUGGAAAUGCUUUUUUUUUGGGGGGGGGUGGGGGUGGGGAAGAGAAUUUUGGGGGCAUGCAAAAAAUGGUGACCACCUCGAAAAAGCGUCAAUUUGGAGUCUGUUCCUAGUCUUACUAGGUUACACAGCAUGCUCCUCUUCAGCUGCUAACCAUUUGUCUAUAGAAGCACAACUGGGGCUUAAUGCUAUGCCUAUCCUGGUUACAGACAUAAUCAGAAGCCUGUUUAAAAUAGGGCCCUCAGGCUGGGCUUAGCUCCUGAUGCAGAUGCUUAGAUUAGGUCCUCAGCCAGUGUAAAUAGUCAUCAGAGUCCUUGAGUCCCUGCUAGGUUUAUACCAGCUGACAGUCUGCUCCUAGUGUUUAAACAUGCUUUUUCAGCCUGUCUGUCUGUCCUUGUCUGUUUAUGAAGAGGUGAGGCAAAGGAGCUGAGAUGGUUUUGUUUGAUGACGUGGAUAUUUUCUUGGCCCAUAACGGGAAGUAGUAGGUAGGUUUGUCAAGGUGACUGGUCCCUUUGGCCUCUCCACUUUCAGGUGUUCAGCUUGAGAAGGCUAUAGACAGAGCAGCUGGAUGUGCUGGGAGCAGGUUCUCCUUUUUUCACCAAAUCCAGGCCCCUGGAAUGUGGCUCAAAUUGAGACCCUGCCCCCAGAUCACUGAAAGCCUUGGCCCUCGCUUCCAACAACUUUCAGCCAAGAUUAUGCUUCCUAGCAGUGUCAAACAAACAGAGUCAUAUAUGCAGAAAGGGCAGGCAGGUAAGGGCCUAAGAUUGGACAAAUUAGGGCCUAGAUGUAUCAUAGUCCAAUGAGGGCCUUAAUUUGUGUGUCCACUGAGAAUAGUAGUCCAAGAGGAGAAUGAUAUGGAAGAUAUGCUGCUAAAUCUUCAGGAUAUCAGACGUGGCGCUAUCUGAGUGCUUGGUUGAAUGGGUGAUUAGUAGACCUCCUUUGCCCUGGGUCCUCUGAUAGUGUUGUCUGCCCCCAGGAUACGCAGCCAGAAAGAAUCACGUAGGGAGGGCAAACUUUCUCCAUGCACCUAAGUGGGGUGUUGACUCUGAAACCUACUGGUGAAAGGUGUCAACAUCAGUUGAAAGCAUUGCUGUUUAGCAGGAGUUACACUAGGAUCACGGAUGCAGCCGCAAUGUUCCAUGCUGAGCGUUUCCCCCCUCUUGCCAUCUAACUCUAUCCCCACCAUGGAAGCUGAGGCAGGAGGGUCUGUCAUAGCCCAAACAUGACAGUGGCUUGGACAGGGAAUGGCUUGAUCCUUUUUAGGACAGGUUGUUGUUUUCACUCUUUCACUUGGUAAAAUAGCACUCUAGUGGUCAGAGCAAAGAACCCAAGUUCAGGACUCCUGGGGCCCUUUCUGAGCUCUUCCACAGACUUGCUAUGUGACCUUGGGCAAGUCACUUCCCCCUCAUUUUGUACCUCAGUUUCCCCAUCUGUCAAAUGAGGGAUAAUAAUGCUUAACCUACCUCACAGGAGUGUUGUGAGGCUUCAUUCAACAGUGCUUGCAAAAUACUUUGAGAUCCUUGGAUGAAAGGUGCUAUGAAGUGCAAAGUAUUAUUAUUAUUUUAUUAAUAUUGAGUAACUUAUAAGAAAGUGCAAGUGUGGUGGGUUUGUUUGGGCUGCAUGUGAUGUGAGGUCUAUGCUGAUGGAUGCUCAGUGCAAGUAGCGCGUGAUGCCCUUUGUAACUCACUUCCCUAGCUCUACACCAGGCCAGCUGCCUGGGAUCUGGAGCAUUCCCACCAGCUUAGAUUCUGCCUGGCAACCUCUGAUCCGAGAAGCUUCAAACCUGAUUCCUCAAGCCCAACUCAAUGUAGUCUGCUAGAGCUGCUCUUGCAGGCAGUGGGGUGGGACUGGGUGGCCCCUGUUAUGUAAGGCUCUGGGCAACAUAACACAUUUACAUCAGUGCCCCCAUCCCACAGGUAGCAGCAUCCAGCAGGCUGCUAUGACAGCAUUUCACCACGAGGUGGCAGGAGAGCCAGUAAUAAAUAGCCUCCUUUGCCUUGGGAAGCAGCUACCCUGGGAUAAACUGAACAAAAACCCUGCGCCAGUGUAGCAUACAUGGUUAUAGUUUCACCCGAGUUUUUCUGAAGUAGCUUUGGCCUGGAUUUGAGUGAGCAGUGCUGGCGUGGGCUGUACAUCAUAGGUCUGCUCCUCUUUCACAGUGCAGAGUGAUUGCACCAGUGGACGCCUGUGGCUCAUGCAUGCCCAAGUCUAGCCUGUUGCUGUUCUCUCCCAUGGACCUGCCUGCCCUAGUUGUUGGCCCGUGGUCAACUCCCAGAUUUUGCUUUCUGACUUCUCAGUCUCUCUUGGUGUUGCUUUUCCCUUUAUGUGUGUGUCAGGACUCGCUGUUCCCCUUCCACACAUCAGGGUGUUAAUCAGAGUUAGUGGCACAUACCAUGGUGGGGAGCCUGUCCUUGUCUUGCCAGCAUAGCUAUUUCAGCUGUCUUUCGAGGGUGGUUCUUUCCCUGCAGGCUGUGGGUUUUGCGUUAGCUGCUUUCUCUUGCUUCAUCCUUCCUGCUGUUGUUCCUUCUCUCCUGAACUGGUUAACUUGGUGGUGUGUUGUACCAAGCAAGGCCUCAUCAUUCAAACAACAUGGCAGAGAGGUUCCAAGCCAAGCCGUGUCUGUAUAGAGUGGCCAGUUGGAAAAGCAGCACUAUGCAGUAGGUUUUAAUCCCCCCCAUGCUGCUCCUUGUCCCCAAAUCCUGUUUGGUCCUAGCAGGCACUCACAGUCACUUGACUAAAUGCCCAGGUCAGUUUGGCAUUGCUCUCCACCAGCCCCGGUCAGGGCACGUGGCUAAGUUGGGCCAUCUGUGGCGACCCCGUGUACUGAGUGAUCUUACCCAGUUUGAUUGUACUUUUUUUUUUAUUAAUAAAAUGGUAUUUUAAACUUUGGAA